AUUACCUUUCGACAUUAGGCAUUAUUUACAUAGCCUCAGACACUGUGACCCCUUUCUCCUUGCAUCAGGUCCCACAGCGUGUGACCGGAGUGAAAGGCGAAAACAUUUCCAUUAAUUGCUCUGUGUCUUUAUUCAUUCGGAAUGCAAAAUUAGAUGUUUAUUGGUGGAAGAAAGGGCAACGCUCAACUUUUAGUAUGACGAGAGAGAAAACGAAAAUAGCAAUGCCUUUUCACCAAGGAUUUUCCGAGUUCCACCUGAUCAAUGUGAGUUUUCAAGAUUCUGGGGUUUAUUACUGCAGCGUUAAAAAAGGGCCAGGAAUGAGGUCUAAUGGCACUGGGACUGAGGUCACAGUAUACGUGCCUCCAACUCCAAUAACGAUUACUCGACUGUCCUCUCAAUUCCUCACACUUCUCUGUACGACAGCUAGCUUCUUCCCAGAAGAAUUUAACCUCACCUGGUAUGAAAAUGACAGAAUAAUUACAUCUGGAAUAAAUACUACAAAGUUUCAGGAAAGGGAGGGAUUACAUCAAGUUUCCAGCUCCUUAUAUCCUGUGGAGAUCGGGUUAGUUUAUACCUGCCAAGUUUCUCAUGUUUCACUGGUGGACCCAGCCAAUGACAGCUACUUGGUUUCAGAUCAGGGUAAAAAAGGAAGUGGUUUCUCCUAUGCCGUAGCAUUAAGCUGGACAGCAGGAUGUUUUCUAAUUUUGGUUCUGGCAAUUGUUGUCAGGCAAUACAAACUAGAGAGAUCUCAUGGUGAUACAGUUGCUGAGGAAAUUGACAGCCAGGUUGAGGAGCAGGUCAUCCAUAAAGGAAAAGUGGAGGACCCAGCUUAUGCUGAUCUCCACUUCAAUGAACACAGGAAAAUGUGGAAACCCAGAAAUGAGAAAGCGACUGUUGUUUAUACAAACAUAAAUUACCUUUCUGUCCAGGACCAAUUCUGAAACAGACCAAGCAAGAGACAGUUGAGAAAACACCUUCUGCAUUUUGAGAUCUCAUUACUUCUGAGAAAGUGUCAAGAGUGAAAACAAGAAGAGCAUGGCAAGAGUACGAGAAUCCAGUGAAGCAAAGACAGAGAAACCUAGAUCUCAUGGGUGGGAGAAGUGUGACGGAUCAUGUCCUUGUUAUUGUCUGAAUACUAACUGCAUAACCUAGACUUAUUGUAAAGUGUUCCAUAAAUAAGUAGAUUAAGGAGGGAGCACAGGAAAUAUAGAGAAACUCUUCGAUCUUGAUUUUUGCGCAUUCUUAAAAAUAUUGAUCAUUGUAUGAAUACUGCAUUAUUUAUCAUACAAUUCACGUGGGAAGAUUGUGACCUGUUGUUCAGUUCAGUUGAAGACAACAAGCUGGAUCAGUUAUUUCAAAUAUUACUAUGUCACAAUUUUAUAGAAGAGUUACAUUACUGGCCACUAGUCUCAAGAUGUCACUGACGUGUUGAUACUCUUUACACUACCCUCAUCUCAGCCUUCUUUAUCAAACCCAUUUCAAAUAGCUUUCUAUUCACUUCCACAGCAUGUAUUUCUCCAAACCAUCCUUAAACCCACCAAUACGCUAGGUGACAACUUCUGCUGGUGGUAGCAAUUUGCACAUUCCAAGUGGUCCUCAGUAAGGACCAGGAAGUGGUUCCCAGGCAUGUAUUUCCUCUUGCAUCAGUGUUUUCUCGUAUUUAUGACUUCUAUUUCUAGAACCAUGUACAACUGUAAUUGUUUAUUUGGUGCUUACUCUGUUAAUCCUAUUUGUAAUCCUAAAUGCGUCUAUCACGUCACCCUUCAACCUUAAGACCAUAAGAGGUAGAAUUAGUCCAUUAAUUUCUAUGACCCUUGCUAGUGUUACUUUAGCUCCACCUAUUGAUAUGAUCCAAUACAGCAGUGUUUUCGUGGUAUUCAGAAAUGUAUCAAUUUGCCUAAAAAAUAAAUUUCACAAUGCUUUUCAUGACCAUCAUCUGAAUUACAAAUCUUCACAACAAUCAAAAUAUUUCUGAAACAUUACUUCAUAUUGUAAGAAAUGAAUAAGCUGAACAUUAAACAUAGAACAUUUGAGUGCAGUACAGGGCCUUUGGCCCUGUUGCGCUUACCUGUGAAACCAAAGUUUCAUUUUGCUGAGUCGUCAACCUUGCCACAUUCCUCUUUGGUCAAAAAUUACAAAAUAUGUACAACAGCUGGAGAGGCAAAAAAAAAUCCUCAUCUUAAUCCUGAGUGAACAAGCCUGUUCAGCCAUCGAGUCUUACUAGCGGUAUGUAACAACUUGCAACAUCUAGUCCAUUAAGUUUCUUCAGAAUUUUGUACACACCUCAAUGAGUUAACCUCAGUUUCUGUUUGACUUCUUCCAAGGAAUAUUAAUCUGUGCACUCAGUAUUUGUUUAAAACACAAUACGUUGAUUCCAGCAGCCACUGUAAUGAACAAAAACAGAGACUUCUGGAAAAAAACUCAGCAGGUCUGGCAGCACCUGUAGAGAGAAAGUAGAAUGAAUGUUUUGGGUCCAUUGACCCUUCUUUAGAACAGUAUGUCUCCAGUGCUAACACAUUUCCCCUAUAUGCCAGAUAUGUAGAUCCCAAUGAACUCCAGUAUUUCCCAUUCUCUCAGCAUUUACAAAUUAUUCUGUUGUUCUUUUAUUUAUUUCCUUCCAAAUGUAUAACCUAACCCCAAC